AUGGAUCCGAGCAGCGCGAAUAAUCCCUUGAACGGCGCGCGCGCAACAGACUCCCCACCAAAACAACUCACCCCGUUCUCAUGUGUGGUCUGCCACAGGCGGAAGGUCAAAUGCGACAGAAAAGAGCCGUGUUCUAAUUGCGCGAAGGCGAGUGUGGAGUGUGUGUACCGUGCUCCCCCACCGCGCCGCAAAAGGGGGCUCGAGCCGAAUGGCGACGUGUCGCAACAACCCGCGAAAUCCCUCAAACGCAAUGCAGAACCUAGCAGCAGUACACCUGCUACACAUAGAUCCCCAGAUGGAGAAGAGCGGGCUGGUCCUGAGAGAAAUGGAUCCGGGAGGAUGAUUAUGAAGGAUGGCAACUCCAUCUACCUGGAAAAUAACCUAUGGACAAGUGUGAGCAACGAGCUCCCCAACGCAUCGGAUGUCUUGGGGGAUGUAUCGGACACAGGCAGCGAUGAUCUUGCCCAGGAUGUGGAUGAUGAAUACGCUAUACUUUCUCCUUCCACGACAAGAAAAGUCCUCGCAGAGCUUCAUCCAACUCCCUUGCAUAUCUUCAAGCUGUGGCAAGCAUUUCUCGAGAAUGUGAAUCCACUCACCAAGGUCAUCCAUGUACCAACCCUGCAACAACAAAUCCUGGAAGCUAUGAGUGACCUACCGAGAGCGAGUAAAGAGCUCGAAGCACUGAUGUUUGCGAUAUACUGCAUUGCGCUGGUUUCCAUGGAACAAAGCGAUGUCGAGAAGUCAUUUGGAGAAAGCAAGAAGGUUCUUCUAUCAAAAUACAAAAAAGGGGCCCAGCAGGCGUUCAAGAACGCGGCACUGCUCCGCACUUCGAGUUUAACGGUCCUUCAAGCUUUCAUGUUGUAUCUGCUGUGUAUGCGGGCAUUUUCCGAUCCCCACACAAUUUGGACUCUAUGUGGGAUUGCAACACGAAUUGCGCAGCGAAUCGGAGUCCAUCGAGACGGUUCCAACCACGGUCUAUCAGUCUUCGAGACCGAGAUGCGCCGUCGCGUUUGGUUCCAACUCAUGAUCAUAGAUGCCACUUCUGCCCAAUUUUGCGGCGUUGCUUCGAGUACCGUCCCAACUUCAAUUGACAUUCAACCCCCCAUGAAUGCAAAUGAUAGCGAUCUCGACCCCCGCAUGACAGAACCGGCCUGCGAGAAACAAGGCCCGACAGAGAUGAUCUUUGUUUUGGCUCGAAGCGGACUUGGACAGUGGUUGCGCCGUUUAUCAUCAACCGGCGUCUCAGGUGAUAAUACUGGACCAUGGGCAAAUCUAUCAUCUUCAUCGAUGCCAUUGCACGAAAAAGACAAGACCAUUGACGAACUUGAGGAAUUCAUGGAGUCGAGAUUCCUUCGAUAUUGCGACAAGUCAAUUCCACUACACAUGGUGACAAGGUUAAUGGCCCGUUCAGCUGUACACUACACCCGACUGAUGGCGCACCACCCUCGUCAAUACCGGGACCAGAACAUCCGCAUAUCUCCGGCCGAGAAAAACAUCAUUUUUGAAAGCGCCCUCAAAAUGACCAAGUAUGCCGACCACGCACAGAACAACCCAGUCGUUCGGAGAUUCUCGUGGCACACUGUGAACCAUAUGCCGUGGGACGCCAUCAUAUUCAUGCUUUCGGAGCUACGGAAUCGGACCGACCCAGAGGAGAAGAGCACCGUCUGGCAGUUGAUUGGGAAUGUCUAUUCUCAACACAUACUCGAGUCUGGUAAGAAAGCUUCUACGCCUCUUCACUUGGCCAUUGAAAGUUUGAUCAUAAAGGCCUGGAGGGCGUAUAUUGGAGAGUGUAACCUCAAACGCCGCACACCUACACCUUGUCCCACUAUUGUCGCCUCUUUGCUAGCGAAUAGACCAAAUGUUCCCGACCCGCAACCCGCCGAAAGAAUCGUUGAAUUUGAAAGUGAUGCAGAGCCACAUGCGCAGCCCAGUCACGAGUUUCCCACUUCUCACUUUGAUCCAGAGGCAGAGAAAUUCGACUUCAUGAUGGGAGACAGUCCAGUCGAUUGGAAUGAGUGGGACAACCUUCUCAAUCAGUUCCAAAGCUCCUUGGCCGAUGAUACGUUUAUGACCUGA